AUGGGGGACUUGCCGCGGCCUCUAGUGACACCGGCUCGGCCUUUCCUCCACACAGGUAUCGACUACGCAGGACCAAUGUGGCUACGAACCUCCAAGAGACGAGGCCAGCGCGCUACUAAGGCCUUUCUAGUGGUCUUCCUCUGCCUCAGCACCCGCGCCGUCCACCUCGAUGUAGCUUCAGACUAUUCCGCCGACGCCUUCCUGGCCGCGCUGCGUCGGCUCAUCGCACGCCGUGGGCUGUGUCGAGCCCUCUAUAGCGAUUGCGGCACAAACUUCAUUGUCGCCGACGCCCAACUGCGAGCGCUCUUCGCAGCCAGCGGUCGGGAAGGACAGCGCAUCGCGGGAGGUCUCGCCGCCGAGAGAAUUGAAUGGCACUUCAAUCCUCCGACGGCGCCCAAUUUCGGUAGACUCUGGGAGGAGGCUGUCAAGGCAGCGAAGCACCACCUCAGGCGCAUCAUCGGCGACGCGAAACUGACGUACGAGGAGAUGGCCACCCUGUUAGCACAAAUAGAAUAG